GAAUCUCACGUUUUCUAUAAGGAAAUAACCGAAAAUUAGAAAACCCUAAACAUAAUAAGGAAACCCAUCUGCCUCUUUCCUAUGUAGCCCAAGCCCAAUCCCAAUCCCAAUCCCAAUCCCAAAAGUGGAGAUCAACAAAACAAAGGUUUACGCCAUUGUCGACACCUUCUCCUCUCUUCUGUAUUGCUUCGUAUCUCUCCAACUGCUUGUACCUGUUGGUUGCAGCAAUUUCUCCUCUUUUCUUUUAAACAUACUAGAAUUUUGAAGGGUAGAUGGUGUCGUGUUGAUGAUCUCUCUUUGUGUUUCAUGAUCACCAACUGCUAGAGUUGAUAGUGAUUGGGAACUGGAGUUUUAAGGAGGAAACAAGAGUGGUUUGUUGUAAAAUAGCAAAAGAAGGAAAGUUUGUAAGGCUCAUAAAAUGGAACCUAGAAUUACCAUGGAAUCAUGGAUUGAGGCUACUGAAGUUUCUGCUAAAUUCCAGCAAAAAAGGUAGUUCAAAUGGCACUAUUUUUCCGCUCUACCACCCCGAUCAAUCACCUUCAUCAUCGCUUUUGCCUGCAACCUUGUCGCACCUUUGUUGAUGCCAGAGUCAAAUGGGUCCGAGACGCAUACCUUGAUUUUGCAGUCGAAAAGGAGAAAAACCUGAAACAAAUUAUCUCUCUCAAGAACUUAAUCGUUUCUCAACCGUCUAAAACCAUACUUCUUUCGACUGUGUCUGUUUAUAAAACCCUUUUCAAUCUCCCCACCACCGCUACCAAUUUCUUCCAAAAAUACCCUUCACUUUUUCAAAUAUUCCAAUCCUCUAAACCAUUUUCCCUCCCUCAUGUCAAACUCACCCCACAGGCUCUAACUGUUCACAAUGAAGAAUCCAAGAUUCUGAACUCUUCCCAUUAUCGGAAAGAUGUUGCUGAGAGGUUGGUGAAACUGUUGAUGCUCACUCGAGCGAAACGGCUUCCUUUAGAUAUCAUUGAUUUGAUACGAUUUGAUCUUGGUCUGCCUCAUGAUUUUAUCCUCACACUACUUCCUGAAUUUCCUGCAUAUUUUCAAAUUUGUAAUAUGGGUUAUAACAAUUCAAAGGGUUGUGAAGUGUUUGGCUUGGAAUUGGUCUCGUGGAGAGAGAAUUUUGCAACGUCGGUGUUGCAAAGAAAAUCAAUGGAGGAAAAUCGUGGCAUCAUUAGGGGAAUGCCUAUUAAAUUCUCGAUAAAUUUACCAAGAGGGUUUGAUUUGGAAAAGAAAGUAAGGAUAUGGAUGCAUGAAUGGCAGAAUUUGCCUUAUAUAUCACCAUAUGAAGAUGCAUUCUUCCUGCCGCCCAACGGCGAUCAGGCAGAGAAGUGGACAGUGGCAGUGCUACAUGAGUUGAUGCAUCUUCUUGUAUCGAAGAAGACCGAGAAGGAGAACUUAUUGGCUUUAGGGGAUUAUUUGGGAUUUGGUCCGAGGUUUAAAAAGGCUUUGGUGCAUCAUCCAGGGAUCUUUUACGUUUCAAACAAGAUCAGGACGCAAACUGUGGUUUUACGGGAAGCUUAUAAGAAGGAUCUCUUGGCUGAGAGGAAUCUGUUAAUGGGAAUGCGAUAUCGCUAUCUUCAUCUUAUGAACCAACAGGUGAAAGUAAAGAGAACAUUUACACUUGGAGUUAAAGGGAGUAACUAACAAAUGGCUUCUUCUGCUAAAGGAGGAUCUGUUGGCAUUUGUUAAUCGCUACUUUGAAAUGCUGGGGACAUGGAAGUUCAUGCGAGAAGUGGAAAGAUGCUAACCUGAUGAAGCCUUGUUUACAGAAACCAUUUGUGCUAAGGAUUUGUAACGAUGUGGAUGUAUGCAGGCCUGCCCUCCGACUACUAAGCUAAAUUAGCUGCAUGCCCAUAAUCCUCGAUCAAUGUAUGCAGGCCUGCCCUCUGACUACUAAUCAAAGUUAUCUAAGAGGUGAAACCCUUGGCUGAAAAUGGCUAUUUUAAUUAAUUUGUCAAGAAAACAGUGUUUGGUCCAACAGGUCUAUCCGAUCUGAUCUGUUUUGAGAGUUCUUGAAUCUUUUGCCUGUUUGUCCUGAUUUGGACCCUAACACAUCAUUUUGCCAGCUCUAAAUUGAACAUCUAAAUUUAGUCAAACUUUGAAACUUAUCUCAAGU